AUGACCGAGGAAACAAGAGAAGAACGUGUCGCUCGCCGCUCCCGAGAGGAACAAGAAGCAAAGCGCAAAGUACGAGAAGGUCGCAGCCAAUCCACAAAAUGGGCUGGUGCGAGUUCAGGUUCUAUGUCUUCUCGCGCUUCCAAAGAACUAGCCGAAAUGGAACAAGAGGCCAAACGACGUGGUGCCAGGUCAUCCAGAUCAUCUACUACCCAAUCAAGAACAAGACGCCGUUCGUUGGAGGAUGCUGAAGCCAAGCAAAGAGCUCGUGGUGGAGGCUCUACCCUUAAUCGUCGCUCCACUCACAGCACAACAGGCAGUCGCCGAGAGAGUGAAGACCGAGAAGCCAAGCGCCGGGCACGAGGGGGCUCUAACCGUAGUGUCCCCACACCAGGAGCCCACAGUGCUUCCAACAGUUCUUCGGACCGCACCAGCCGCAAGAGUGAAAGCCAUCGUCGCCGCAGCACGAAUGGCCGAUCCUCUCGCUCCCCAAGACGAUCAGAGGCUGACCGAGAAGCCAAACGUCGCGCCAGAGAAGGAAGGCAGUCGACUCCAACUCCCGGUGCUAGUAGUGCUAGAAAUUUGGGUUCUACUCCUGAGUCGGCUUCUGUCCAAGCCAACAACGAGUCGGGGCUGUCGAAUUGCAAGCAUUAG